AUGGCAAUCACGACUCGCAGAGGAAAACAUACUAGUGAUCUCCCCAUGCCGUCGGAGGUUGAAAAUGUGGUAGAAAAAGAUGCGGAUGCGGUUUUGGUUACUGGAGACACGAAAGAAGAUGCUGAGAAGGAGGCUGAGUUGACCCAUAAAAUUGUUCCCAUGCCUAGACCUCCACCUUCCUUCCCACUGAGGUUAAAGCAAAAGACUGAAGAAGACAAAUACCGUUGGUUCAUAACUAUGUUGAAACAACUUUCCAUCAAUUGCCAUUUCUAUGAGGUCACUGGUACAAAAGAAAGAAGAUCCCGAAGCUUUUCACUAUUCCUUGCACCAUCGAUGCACUUUGCGAAGGCCUUGUGUGAUUUGGGGGCCAACAUUAAUUUGAUGCCAUUGUCGAUUUAUAAGAAGUCUGGUUUAGGAGCUACAAAACUAACUGCAAUACCUUUACUUAUGGCUGAUAAAAAUGUGAAGAAGCCCAUUGGAGUGCUUCAGGAUGUCCUUGUGAAAGUGGGGUCGUUUAUUUUUUUCGGAGGACUUUGUGAUACUUGA